UCAGUUUGUUAAAGUGGUUCGACGGCCGAUGUACUCGAGAAUUUCAAAGGAUAUUCGCAAGUGUUUAAAUACUUCACUUUAACUUGGUUUAUAUUCAGCCAUCUAGUGUUUACUUCGCUACAUCCUACUUAAAGCGCCACCCAACAGUUUAACAGUCAGUGUGAUUAAAGACAUGCAUCGAGCAUCAACAAAGUGAAGAUGGAAAAACAAGAACAUAAACCUGAGUUCGCACCAUUUAUACGCGAAGAUCACUUCGAAAAGAAUGACAAGGAGAAACCACACAAGGAUGUCGCCUGUGGGUUUGGCAUAUUCAAAGGACCUUUUCUACAAAGGUUUGCGACAGAGAAAAUGUAUGUGCUCAUCUAUGGCUUGGGAGGAUGUUUGUUGUCGAUGAGUCUGGCAUACUUUAGUGGCACAAUAACGACUAUGGAGAAGCGCUAUAAGAUACCCACUAAAAUGUCUGGAGUGAUUUUAGUGGGCAACGAUAUAAGCAUGAUGAUUACAUCGGUAGUCGCAGGAUAUUACACACAUAGAGCACAUCGACCACGUUGGAUUGCUUUCGGAUUCUUUACGAUUGUCGUAUUCUGCGUGAUGACAAGUUCGCUGCAUUUUAUAUAUGGACCUGGCGAAGAUUCUCUGAAGUUAACACGAGAAUAUGGUGGAUUCCAGAACUUGACUUCCAACGGAACAAAUACACAAACUGCUCAAAAGCUGUGCAUGAAAGAGGAGCCGGGUUGCAUCGUAGAGGAUGGCAUCUGGGUACCGCAAGUGAUGCUGUUUGCCGGCCAGUUCAUCUCCGGCAUUGGCGUGGGACUCUUCUGGAGUGUGGGUGUUGCCUACAUGGAUGACAACACCUCCAAGGCCAAGUCGCCAGCGUUGCUCAGUGCAACUGCAUUCCUGCGCAUGCUGGGUCCUGCCAUUGGUUACUCCUUGGCCUCGGUUUGCCUUCGCAUGUACAUCGAUCCCAGUCUGGAGCCACUGAUUAAGCCAGGAGAUCCCAGAUGGAUAGGCGCCUGGUGGCUUGGUUGGCUCGUCUUAGCAGCGGUUACAUUCAUCAUUGCCUUCCUAAUGUUUCUGUUUCCCAAGGAGCUGCCCAGCUCCAAGGCCAGACGUCUGAAGAUGGAGCUGGCUGGUGAACAUGAUCCCAAUGCACACAAGGAUCUCUCGGUGGGCGACAUGCUGAAGUCUGUCAAUCGUUUGUGCCGCAACAAGGUGUUCAUGUACAACACCUUCGCCUCCAGCUUCUACUUGUUCGGCUACUUGGCGUACUGGAUCUUUACGCCCAAAUACAUCGAGACACAGUAUCGCCAAUCGGCGGCAACUGCCACAUUGGCCACUGGAUCUGUGGCACUCACCUUUUCUGCCAUCGGAGUACUGCUAUCUGGUUAUGUGGUGUCCAAGUACAAGCCAAGUGCACGCUCUAUGGCUGCUUGGAAUGCUAUAGUCGACUUCUUGACGGUGGCUGCUGUGGUGGGCUAUAUAUUCAUUGGCUGUGAGGGCAGCGAUCAACUGAGUUCAAUGGCAACUACUGGAGAUAGCUGCAGUGCAUCUUGCCACUGUGAAUAUGUGCACUAUGCGCCAAUCUGUAGUCCCAACAAUGUCACCUACAUCUCUGCUUGUCACGCCGGCUGCACGGGCAGAGGUAAGGAUACCCUCGGACGUCCUUUGUUCACAGGCUGCAGUUGCAUUGCUGCCUCCAAUACAACCGAAUAUGAUCUCUCCCAUUUGCAGACGGCAGUUGAUGGCGCCUGUCCAGUGGAUUGCACCAAACAGUUUUAUAUUUUCCUGGCCGCCAUGUGCUUCCUCAAACUCAUCGGUGCCUCCAGCAAGUCAACCAAUGUACUGAUUACCCUCCGUUGUAUUCUGCCAGCGGACAAGAGUUUAGCCAUGGGACUCACUGGCAUGGCGGCAUGUCUGACAGCUCUAAUACCGAGUCCAAUUUUCUUUGGUUGGCUCCUGGACAAGUACUGUUUGGUGUGGGGCAAGACGUGCAGCAAUAAAGGCAAUUGUUGGCUCUACGAUACGCAAUCAUUAAGAUACACGUUUAAUUUAGUGUCUGCGUUUUUCAUAUUUUUCGGCGGUGUUUUAAAUAUUGCUGUUUGGCUUAAUGCCAAGGAUCUUAAGGUGUUCGACGAGGUCACACAGGAGAAGGAGAAACCAGAUGGCAACUAUGAUGAUUAUAGCAAACUCUCAAUAACCGAUGUGAUUAAAGCCCCAGUGGAACAGCCCUUGGAAGAGCUUUAAUCAUCAUCAUUAUCAGAUAAUGUUAAUUUUUGGCAUUCUAGAAUUUAUUAGAACUUAUAAGAGACUGUACUGUGUACUUUAUUCAUUAUUUACUGUGUUGAUACUG